CCUCAUAGGCCCGAAAGUCCGGUGAAUGCACCCGAGUCGGAUGCGAUGUAACGAUGGUCCGUACCUUUCUUUACGCCUGAUAUUAUAGGCCAGAACAGAAUGUCCGAAGGACAAGCCACACCGGCCGGGGAUGUAUCCACCUAAGCAUAUGCAUCAGCCACACGUGGCACGGACCGACCUGAACAUUUCGAGAUUGAAAUUUCGGGCAUCGCGAUUGACCCUUACAGACGUGCUGAGUUGCGUGACAAUUGAGACAACCAGCCAUGGCCGCUCUACGGGAAACCUCCCAAAUAACUCGGGCUAUUUCCAGGCAGCGCUCUCCGUGGCAAUUGAGACCCCUUGUCAUCCAGCGAUGUGCAUCCACCAGCACCGCGAAGCCUGAGCUGGCCGAUCUCGAGCCCAGCUCUUCCCUGAACGCGCCAGGCCCCGACGAGGCUGCCGUACAAGCUUUCAACACGGCGAAGCGUAUAUCCGAAAGACCACAGCAGCUUCCUGGAAACAGAUACCAGUACCACCCCCCUAAGUUCGACAGAGGCCCUCUGCACCCGAUUCAAUCACCGCCCUCCACCGAUCCCACGGCAAGAGACUUCGUUCCCGGACCGUUCAACAUCCCGCGGCUGCGUCAGACCUACGAUGCGACCAUCGCCUCCGACCUUCUCACAUUGACCUACCUCCACAAGCCCCCCGGAACACCAGAGCGUGAGGUGCGGGAGCGGUUAAGGGCGUGGGACGACUCUUCGCCGUACAACAAGAACCGUCCCCUCCGCGGCCCCAGAGGUGGAAGCAAGCUGGAUUUGCUGGAGAGGAACAUUAACUGGCGUAGCAUUCCCGAGAUCAAGGCCGUCUCGUUGCACGCCUACAUGCCCUCGGCCACCAAGGUCCCCGGAACGCUGCAUGUCGCCCGCUCCAUCAUCCAGUCCAUCAGCGGCAACUGCCCCGAGGUCACCACAGCCAAGAACAACAUCAUCGAUUGGAAGAUUCGCAAGGGCGACAAAAACGGUGUCAAGACGACCAUGUAUGGCAAUCAGGCAUACGAGUUCGUCGACAAGUUGAUCAACCUCGUCCUACCCAAGAUCAAGGACUGGCCCGGCGUCAACGCCAGCACGGGUGAUGGCAACGGCGGUCUGGCCCUCGGUCUGAAGCCCGAUGAUCUGGCUUGGUUCCCCGAGCUCCAGAUCAACUGGGACAUGUACCCUGCCAAGCUCAUUCCAGGUUGCCAUAUCUUCAUCCAGACGACCGCCACAUCAAACCGUCAGGCCAGGCUUUUGCUCCAGGCUCUCGGCCUCCCUUUCUACGGAAAGUUUCAAGAUUAAAUGGGGACAAUUGAAAGAGACGGGUGUCCUUAUUGUACGAUAUCAAAAUAUUAGAAAGCCUGUAUAUGAAUGUACCAACAGAUACGGCCACUCUUCAUGCCUCAUAUGCCAGGUGCAUAAAAACCAGCCUUGCGUUUCCCCGUCGUG